AUGAAGUUUUUAUUAUUAUGUUUGCUUUCUCAAAUUCUUGGCCGGUUCAACCGUGCUCGUGCAGCUCAAUUGACCCUCCCUCACUUUGUGUGUCAAACACCACUAUUUAUGCCAGUGGGUACUCAAGGCACAAUCAAAGGCUUGACAAAUAAUGAACUUGAGAGAAUUGGUUGCCAAAUAAUUCUGGGAAACACAUAUCACUUGGCCCUUCGACCUACUUUCGAGCUUCUCGAAGAAGCUGGUGGUCUUCACAAUUUUAUGAACUGGCCACGGGCUAUGCUUACAGACUCUGGUGGCUUUCAAAUGGUCUCAUUGUUGCAUCUUGCUGAUAUCACAGAAGAAGGUGUGACAUUUCAGUCACCGGUGGAUGGCAAGCUAAUGCUUCUUACACCCGAAGAAUCAAUUCAUAUACAUAAUAGAAUUAGAGCAGAUAUUAUUAUGGCUUUGGAUGAUGUCGUAAAGACCACCAUUACUGGUCCAAGAAUUAAGGAAGCUAUGUAUCGAACGCUUAGAUGGAUACACAGAUGCAUAGCAGCGCACAGGAGACCUCACGAUCAGAACUUGUUUGGUAUUGUACAAGGUGGUUUAGAUCCUGUACUCAAGGACAUCUGUGUCAAAAGUUUGGUAGACUGCAACUUGCCUGGCUAUGCUAUUGGUGGUCUUGCAGGAGGCGAAGAUAAAGAUUCGUUUUGGCGAGUUGUUGCUCAGUGCACUGCUGCUUUGCCAGAGGAUAAACCGCGAUACGUUAUGGGAGUUGGUUAUCCACUUGAUAUUGUUGUUUGUAGUGCUUUGGGUGCAGACAUGUAUGAUUGUGUCUACCCUACCCGUACAACAUGUUUUGGGACUGCCCUUAUUCCUGAGAGAGUACUAAAACUAAAACACAGAGCCAUGGCUGAUGAUACUCAACCAAUUGAUCCUACCUGCCCUUGUAUGGUUUGCAAGAACUACAUCAGGACCUACAUCCAUUGCCUUGUCACUAAAGACGCCAUGGGGUCUCAGCUUUUAUCAAGUCAUAAUUUAUAUUACAUGAUGCGGCUUAGCAGGAAUUUACACACAUCAAUAGUUGAGGGAAGGUUCCCAAAGUUUGUAUGUGACUUUUUACAAACAAUGUUUCCCAAAGGUGAUGUUCUUGAAUGGGUCUGCAAUGCUAUGGAGGUGGCCGGAAUCGACAUUUCUUCCUGCUGUGCUCCAUUUCCAUCAUGCCAAGAAAAUUAUUCCAGCGAUGAAAUUGGAACUAAUCGAUUUGAUAAGGUUAAUGCUUACUUUGGUUCUUCUAUGUACACGCGUGAAUCAUUUUACUCAACUCGUUAA